UGCUGUCCUCAUCCCAGCUUUCAGCAGCAGUGUGGGGUGGGCAGUUUCACCAGGCCUUAGUGCUGUUUCGGAGGCUGACCCAGAUAGGAGACCCUGAUCAGUGACUUGGAUUUGCUAUCUUGGGAUCCCAUGGCUUUGACUACUGGACUCUUGGGCCCCUUCACACAUGUAAGCAGAACCCUCAGCCAGCGUCUUUUCAGCACCUCUGGGAGCCUCAGUGCCAUUCAGAAGAUGACGCGGGUGCGUGUAGUGGACAACAGUGCUCUGGGGAACACCCCCUACCAUCGUCCUCCUCGUUGCAUCCAUGUCUAUAACAAGAGUGGGGUGGGCAAGGUGGGCGACAAGAUCUUGCUGGCCAUCAAGGGACAGAAGAAAAAGGCACUCAUCGUGGGGCAUCGCAUGCCUGGCCCCUCAAUGACACCCAGGUUUGACUCCAACAAUGUGGUCCUCAUUGAGGACAAUGGGAACCCCGUGGGAACCCGAAUUAAGACACCCAUCCCCACUAGCCUACGCCGGAGGGAAGGCGAGUUUUCCAAGGUGCUGGCCAUUGCACAGAACUUCGUGUGAGUGGAACCCGGCUGAGGCUGCAGCGGGGCUCACGAGCGGAGCAGGUUGGAGAACUGGACCUUUGCUGAGAGGGAGGGAGUGUGGGCCCCAUGGCUGGUGAACAGUGUCCUGUGAGCAAAUAAACAAGUUUUCACGUAUGUUUUCUUCCUGAGCUUUCUGAGAUGUGGUCAUG